AUGCUGUCAGAUAACUGCGCGUACACCCUGCGCGAGCAGUAUAGCAUCGUAAAUCCGACCGCGCAGUUGGUGGAGGACCUGGCGUUCUUCUUUCUACACGAGGCUUUCGUACGCUGUACAGGCGGCACUCGGACCUGGCCUCUGCCUCUGCCACAGCGUGACUGGGCCCAUCUCCAGACUGGGACUGUAAACCGCCUGGUGCGCGAGCAGCGCGCGGUACAUGUCGAUGCUCUAGCAGAGCACGCACAGGCUGUAACUGACGCUACCGGCGGCCUCUUCUUCCUGGAUGGACCUGGCGGCACAGGGAAGACGUUUGUGCAGAACGCCAUCCUCGCGCACUGCCGCGCGUAG